CGGCGCUUUGCCCUCACCCUUCUGUCGGUCUGUUUUAUGAUCAGUAGAAUGUGUGUGUGCGGCUUCGACUGAGAGAGUGGUUUAAUGAUAAAAGCCGCAUUUGCGGUACCCACCUCUCACCUCAUAUAAGUCAAGAAAAACGGAGAAACCGCCUUAUUUCGUUCCUCCUCGAGCCCUAGAAUUAUCCACGUCUCGGAGAACAUUGUGAAGCACCAUGUCCAGGCCGUCAGGGGGCGGUGUUUCCAAUGAUGUCACCCGCUUCCUGUCCACGGGGGCGGUGCCAGGCUCACCCACUUCCUCUACCCCCACUGGCCACGUAUUCUCCGCCUCCAGCCAGGCUGAUUGGGCGGCAAAGAGGCUCGUCUGGGUUCCAUCCGAGAAGCACGGCUUUGAGUCUGCCAGUAUCCGUGAGGAGCGUGGGGAUGAGGUGGAGGUGGAGCUAACAGACAGCCAGAGGAAGCUGACCCUGUCCAGAGAGGAGGUCCAGAGGAUGAAUCCUCCCAGGUUCAGUAAGGUGGAGGACAUGGCUGACCUCACCUGUCUCAACGAAGCCUCCGUCCUACACAACCUCAGAGAGAGAUACUACUCUGGCUUGAUAUACACAUACUCGGGCCUAUUCUGUGUGGUGAUCAACCCCUAUAAGAACCUGCCCAUCUACACAGAGUCUAUAGUGGAGAUGUACCGAGGGAAGAAACGCCAUGAGAUGCCCCCUCACAUCUACGCUAUAUCAGAGGCUGCCUACCGCAGCAUGCUACAAGACAGAGAAGAUCAAUCUAUCCUCUGCACCGGCGAGUCUGGCGCAGGGAAGACAGAGAACACUAAGAAAGUCAUCCAGUAUCUGGCUCAUGUGGCCUCGUCCCAUAAGACUGGAACUCUGGGUAGAAACAAGGAGGCCUCACAGAUGGAUAGCAGUAGGUCGUUGCCCCGGGGCAGUUCCAUGGUGAACAGGGGGGAGCUAGAGAGACAGCUGCUACAGGCCAACCCCAUCCUGGAGGCCUUCGGAAAUGCCAAGACCGUCAAGAACGACAACUCCUCCAGAUUUGGCAAAUUCAUCCGUAUUAACUUUGAUGUGGCUGGAUACAUUGUCGGUGCCAACAUUGAGACCUACCUGCUGGAGAAGUCGAGGGCGAUCCGUCAGGCCAAAGAUGAAAGGACCUUUCACAUCUUCUACCAACUCAUGUGUGGAGCUUCAGAGGCCACCAGAGCAGACCUUCUCCUUGGUAGUGCUGACCAGUACAGGUUUCUGAGUGGAGGUGCUAUUCCUGUUCCAGGUCAGAGUGACGCUGACAACUUCACCCAGACCAUGGACUCUAUGACCAUCAUGGGAUUCACACCAGAGGAGUCUCUGUCCAUGUUGAAGGUGAUCUCUGCGGUGCUCCAGUUUGGGAACAUCUCGUUCACUAAGGAGAAGAACCAGGACCAGUGCUCCAUGCCAGACGACACGGCUGCCCAGAAACUGAGCCACCUGCUGGGCAUCAGCGUGCUGGAGUUCUCCCGGGCCAUCCUCACCCCCAGGAUCAAAGUAGGACGUGAGUACGUCCAGAAGGCCCAGACCAAAGAACAGGCUGACUUUGCAGUGGAGGCGUUGGCCAAAGCUACAUAUGAGCGUCUGUUCCGUUGGCUGGUCCACAGGAUCAACCGAGCGCUGGACCGCAGACAGAGACAGGGAGCAUCUUUCAUAGGCAUACUGGACAUAGCAGGCUUUGAGAUCUUCCAGUUGAACUCAUUUGAGCAGCUGUGUAUCAACUACACCAACGAGAAGCUGCAGCAGCUGUUCAACCACACCAUGUUCAUCCUGGAGCAGGAGGAGUACCAGAGGGAGGGCAUCGAGUGGAGCUUCAUCGACUUCGGCCUGGACCUGCAGCCCUGCAUCGACCUCAUCGAAAGACCGGCCCAGCCCCCUGGUGUGCUGGCCCUAUUGGAUGAGGAGUGUUGGUUUCCGCGGGCGACAGAUCGUUCAUUUGUGGAUAAGCUGUCUGCUGAGCAGGGGACACACCCUAAAUUCUUCAAACCACGACAAAUACGACAAGAGGCCGACUUCGCCAUCAUCCACUACGCUGGGAAGGUGGACUAUAAGGCAGAUGAUUGGCUGGUGAAGAACAUGGAUCCUCUGAAUGACAACAUAGCGUCUCUCCUCCACCAGUCCUCUGAUCACUUCAUCUCUGAGCUCUGGAGAGAGGAUAUUCAGACUCUUCCUCGAGUAUAUUUCUUUGACUCCUAUGCCACACUGCAGACCAAUGGCUCUGACAUGGAGAGGCCCGUAGGGCUGGACCCGGUGUCCAACGACACCAACAGUGGUCCGGUCAACUUCGGGGCGGGGCUGAAGACUAAGAAGGGGAUGUUCAGGACCGUGGGACAGCUCUACAAGGAGUCCCUCACCAAGCUGAUGGCAACACUACGCAACACCAACCCUAACUUCCUCCGCUGUAUCAUCCCCAACCACGAGAAGAAGUCUGGUAAGCUGACUCCCCAUCUUGUUCUGGACCAGCUGAGGUGUAAUGGAGUCUUAGAGGGGAUCCGUAUCUGCAGACAGGGCUUCCCCAACCGCAUCCCCUUCCAGGAGUUCAGACAGAGGUAUGAGAUCCUGACUCCUAAUGCUAUCCCUCGUACCUUCAUGGACGGGAAGCAGGCCUGUGAACUCAUGAUCAGUGCGUUGGAGCUGGACCGUAACCUGUUCAGAGUUGGGCAGAGCAAAGUGUUCUUCAGGGCUGGAGUCUUAGGUCACCUGGAGGAAGAGAGAGACCUGAAGAUCACUGACACCAUCAUACGCUUCCAGAGCGCUGCCCGAGGAUUCCUCGCACGCAGGGCCUUCCUGAAGAAGCAGCAGCAGCUGAGUGCUAUGAGAGUGAUGCAGAGGAACUGUGCUGCCUACCUCAAACUCAGGAACUGGCAAUGGUGGAGGCUGUUCACCAAGGUGAAGCCUCUGCUGCAGGUGACUCGUCAGGACGAGGAGAUCCAGGUGAGGGAGGCGGAGCUUAAGAAUGCCAAAGACAACCUGACCAGAGUGGAACAGGACUACACUGAUCUGGACAAGAAACACAUACAGCUGAUGGAGGAGAAGGCGGUGCUGACAGACCAGCUGCAGGCGGAGGCGGAGCUGUUUGCUGAGGCGGAGGAGAUGAGGGCCAGACUGGUCAGCAGGAAGCAGGAGUUGGAGGAAAUCCUGGGGGAGCUGGAGGGACGAUUGGAGGAGGAGGAGGAGAGGGGCGUUCAGAUGACCAAUGAGAAGAAGAAGAUGCAGCAGCACGUGGCGGAUCUGGAGGAGCAGUUGGAGGAGGAGGAGUCGGCCAGACAGCGCCUCCAGUUGGAGAAGGUUACCCUGGAGACCAAGGUCAAGAGUCUGGAGACAGAGAUGCUGAGCACUGGAGAACAGAGAGACCGCCUCAGCAAGGAGAAGAAGCAGCUGGAGGAGAGGUUGAAUGAGGUGACAGAAUCGCUGACUGAGGAAGAGGAGAAGACCAAGAGUCUCAACAAACUGAAAAACAAACAGGAAGCAGUCAUUGCUGACCUGGAAGAUCGGUUGAAGCGUGAGGAGCAGGGUCGUCUGGAGCAGGAGAAGUGGAGGAGGAGGAUGGAGGGAGAGGCUGUGGAAGCCCAGGAGCAGCUCUCUGACCUGGGACUACUGUCCGCUGAACUCAGGGGAACCCUGGCUCAGAGAGAGAAGGAUAUCACAACCCUACAGGGGAGGUUGGAGGAGGAGGGUGCACGAAGGACUGAGGCUCAGAGGGCUCUGAGAGAGGCCAUGUCUCAGGUGUCAGAGCUGAAGGAGGAAGUGGAGAAUGAACGAGGGAUGAGAGAGAGGGCAGAGAAACAGAGGCGAGACCUGGGGGAGGAGCUGGAGGCCUUGAGGACAGAGCUGGAAGACACACUGGACACCACGGCGGCCCAGCAGGAACUCAGGUCUCGUAGAGAGGCAGAGUUGGGGGAGCUCCAGAGGUGUGUUGAGGGGGAGACGAGACGUCACGAGGCCCAGCUCUCAGAACUCAGAGUCAAGCACUGCUCUGCCAUAGACAACCUGCAGGAACAACUGGACAACAGCAAGCGGGCCCGUCAGUCCCUAGAGAAGGCCAAGACUCUAUUAGAGGACGAGAGGGUGAGCUUGGCCUCAGAGCUGAAGUCCCUGCAGGGGGGCCGCAUGGAGAGUGAGAGGGGCCGCAAGAGGGCUGAGGGCCAACUCCAGGAGCUGACCGCACGCCUCGCACAGGCCGACAGAGAGAGGGAGGAGAGAGAGGAGCGACUGCACAAGCUACAGUCUGAGAUGGAGACCCUCUCUAGUUCUCUCUCCUCCUCUGACUCCAAAUCCCUCCGUCUCAACAAGGAGGUCAGCAGCCUGGAGAGCCAGCUCCACGACGCUCAGGAGCUACUUCAGGAUGAGACUCGUCAGAAGCUGGCUCUGGGCUCCAGGGUGAGAGCUCUGGAGGAGGAGAGGAAUGGACUGAUGGAGAGAGUGGAGGAGGAAGAGGAGAGAGCCAAGGAUCUCUCCAGGCAGAUACAGACUCACACUCAGCAGCUGGCUGAGUUGCGGAGGCAGUCGGAGGAGGUGAAUGCGGCGGUGGAGGCAGGAGAGGAGACGCGCAGGAAACUGCAGAGAGACCUAGACCAGGCCGUCCAGAGAGAACAACAGAAGGAGGAGGAGAAAGAACGCGUGGAGCGUCAGAGGGAGAGGCUGAGGGAGGAGAUAGAGGACAUGACCCUGGCCCUGCAGAGAGAGAAACAGAACUGCACCACCCUGGAGAAGAGGCAGAAGAAGUUUGACCAGUGCCUAUCAGAGGAGAAGGCGGUGAGUGCCCGGCUGGCUGAGGAGAGAGACAGGGCCGAGGCAGACAGUAGAGAGAAGGAGACACGCUCCCUGGCACUGGCACGAGCCCUGCAGGAGGCCCAAGAUCAGAGGGACGAGCUGGAGAGAUCUAACAAGCAGCUCCGCAUAGACAUGGAACAACUAGUCAAUCAACAGGAUGACGUGGGGAAGAAUGUGCAUGAGUUGGAGCGUUCCCGGCGGGCCCUGGAGACAGAGGCAGAGUCCCUGCGCACUCAGACCCAGGAGCUGGAGGAGGAGCUGGGGGAGGCGGAGAACUCCAGGCUGAGGCUCGAGGUCACCCUCCAAGCCCUCAGGGCCCAGUUUGAGAGAGAGAUCAGCACCAAGGAGGAGAAAGGAGAGGAGAAGAGGAGGUCUCUCAACAAACAGGUGAGGGAGUUGGAGACCCAGCUAGAGGAGGAGAGGAGUCAACGCUCUCAGGCCAUGUCCGUCAAGAAGCAGCUGGAGGCAGAGCUACAGGAGGCUGAGGCUCAGGUGGAGACAGCCAAUCGCGGCAGGGAGGAGGGGCUUAGGCAGCUACGGAGACUGCAGGUUCAGAUGAAGGAGGUGCUUCGUGAGCUGGAUGAGUCCAAGCUGGCCCGUGACGAGGUGGUCGUCCAAUCAAAAGACACAGAGAAGCGCCUGCAGACCUUGGAGGCGGAGUUACUGCAGCUUACAGAGGAUUUAUCAGUGUCUGAGAAGAUGAGGAGACAGGCCCAGCAGGAGAGAGAUGAGAUGGCUGAUGAGAUCGUCAACAGCUCUACCGGGAAGUCUGCUCUGUGUGAUGAGAAGCGGAGGUUGGAGGCGCGAGUCACUCAGCUGGAGGAGGAGUUGGAGGAGGAGCAAAGCAAUGCUGAACUAGUGGCCGAGAGACACAGGAAGACUACACUUCAGGUGGAGACUCUGGCGGUGCAGCUGCAGGGAGAGAGGACCCUGGGCCAGAAGGCUGAGGGGGCCAGGGAGGCUCUGGAGAGGAAUAACAAGGAGCUGAAGCUGAAGCUGGGGGAGAUGGAGGGAGCUGUCAGGGGAAAACACAGGCUCAGUGUCUCCGCCCUGGAGGCCAAGAUGGACGGCAUGGAGGAGCAGCUGGAGCAGGAGAGACAAGAGCGGGCGAUAGCCAACAAGCUGGUGAGGAAGACAGAGAAAAAACUGAAGGAGGUGAUGAUGCAGGCGGAGGACGAGAGGAGACACGCAGACCAGUACAGAGAACAGUUGGAUAAGUCUAUGGGCCGGCUGAGGCAGCUGAAGAGGCAGCUCGAGGAGGUGGAGGAGGAUAACUCUCGUUCCAACGCCCAGAGACGUAAACUGCAGAGAGAGAUGGAGGAGCUGACCGACAGCUCCCAGAGCAUGACCCGCGAGAUCACCGCUCUACGCAGCCAUCUCAGUCUGCCUCACACUCCACUCCAUCCACUCAGCAUCACCACAUCUGAACGGAAACCAGAGAAGCGUGCUCCGAUGCCCCUUGGGAUGCGUUCAGGUCGCAGGGCGUUGGUGGAUGAUCUGUCGUGUGAGAACUCUGACUCGGAGGAGCCCCCCCCCUCCCCGACCCCUUCUUCUGGUACUGGCCCCGGCACUGGCCCCGGCACCCCCACACCCCCCUCUGAAAACAACAGUCUGGGACCCCCCCCACCAUACAGCCUCAACGACACUGAGUAACACACACACAAACACGCAUACAUACAGAUACAUACUCACACAGACGCAAAGGCCUGCAUACAUGUAUAUGUACACAUAGGCCUGCAUACAUGUAUAUGUACACAUAAGCCUGCAUACAUGUAUGUGUACACAUAGGCCUGCAUACAUGUAUAUGCACACAUAGGCCUGCAUACAUGUAUAUGUACACAUAGGCCUGCAUACAUGUAUAUGUACACAUAGGCCUGCAUACAUGUAUAUGUACAUACAAAUACACCCUCACAUAGACUGACUUACUGAUCCUGCACUUCUUUAAACUAUUUCCUCUGCAGUCCAAACUAGAACAGAGAACAUACACAUACACACACACACACACACACACACACACACACACACACUCUCUCACACUCUCUCGCUCUCGCUCUCGCUCUCUCUCGCUCUCUCUCUCUCACACACACACACACACACACACACACACAAUUUAAGGGGGGAAGAGGAUUUGUUGAUGAUUCGUGAGCAAGAAUAUGGACUGUAAUCUCACUGGGGGAAACUUCAUCUCUCAGAAAUCUGAGGGAAAGUGAAUUAUAUCAGCAUAGCCAUGUUCUAUUAUUAUGAUACUGUAUUACACUUCAAAUGGCAGAAAUAAGAUGAUUACUGACCACUAUCAAUGUAAAGCCAUGUUUAACCCUUUGAGGAACUCUGACAAUAUUCUGCCCUGUGUUUAGUGUUCUAGUUGAUGACAUCGCAAAGGGCUGCUAAAUGUUCUAGAAUGCUGUAGAAUCCUGGAAUAAAACACUCUGAAUAAUGUUCCACUCCUCAAAGGGUUAAUGACAAUCUGCAUGUUUGGGAAGACAUUUUGCAAGACUAGAGAAACACAUACACACACAUGCACACGCACACACACAGGGGACUGAUUAAUGUUUCUAUGUAUGUAGUCCCUCUGUCAGUGUGUGUCUUGGAAAAGGCAAUCGCUCAUUGACUGCUAGUGUGAAAGACGGCUGAUACGCUCUUCUGUCUUUUAACAAGCCUGGGAGAAACUCCCUUGAGUUGUUUAUCUUUCUCUCUCUCACUUGAAUUUCAAUUUAAGGCCAAGUUAUUAUUUUAAAACGUAUUUUAGAAAACAAACACAGAAUGUCUGUGAAGUAUUUUAGUAUAUAUUACUAAUUUGUAGUUUGAAAUAGGUCAUAUAUGGGGGAAAUAUCAAUCAGGGAAGAGGGUUAAGUGAGAGAGAAAAAAUGAAAAAUGAUAAUCAACCUUGCUGUUGUAUGCACAACGAAGAAUGAAGCCAGCGUCAAGUUUUUAUAGAAAAAGACUGAUGCUAUUUCACUCCAUCAUCACACAUACUGGUGAAACUGGCUAGGGUAUAAACACCGGCAUCAUCACACAUACUGGUGAAACUGGCUAGGGUAUAAACACCGGCAUCAUCACACAUACUGGUGAAACUGGCUAGGGUAUAAACACCGGCAUCAUCACACAUACUGGUGAAACUGGCUAGGGUAUAAACACCGGCAUCAUCACACAUACUGGUGAAACUGGCUAGGGUAUAAACACCGGCAUCAUCACACAUACUGGUGAAACUGGCUAGGGUAUAAACACCGGCAUCAUCACACAUACUGGUGAAACUGGCUAGGGUAUAAACACCGGUAUCAUCACACAUACUGGUGAAACUGGCUAGGGUAUAAACACCGGCAUCAUCACACAUACUGGUGAAACUGGCUAGAGUAUAAACACCGGCAUCAUCACACAUACUGGUGAAACUGGCUAGGGUAUAAACACCGGCAUCAUCACACAUACUGGUGAAACUGGCUAGGGUAUAAACACCGGCAUCAUCACACAUACUGGUGAAACUGGCUAGGGUAUAAACACCGGCAUCAUCACACAUACUGGUGAAACUGGCUAGAGUAUAAACACCGGCAUCAUCACACAUACUGGUGAAACUGGCUAGGGUAUAAACACCGGCAUCAUCACACAUACUGGUGAAACUGGCUAGGGUAUAAACACCGGCAUCAUCACACAUACUGGUGAAACUGGCUAGGGUAUAAACACCGGCAUCAUCACACAUACUGGUGAAACUGGCUAGAGUAUAAACACCGGCAUCAUCACACAUACUGGUGAAACUGGCUAGGGUAUAAACACCGGCAUCAUCACACAUACUGGUGAAACUGGCUAGGGUAUAAACACCGGCAUCAUCACACAUACUGGUGAAACUGGCUAGGGUAUAAACACCGGUAUCAUCACACAUACUGGUGAAACUGGCUAGGGUAUAAACACCGGUAUCAUCACACAUACUGGUGAAACUGGCUAGGGUAUAAACACCGGCAUCAUCACACAUACUGGUGAAACUGGCUAGAGUAUUAACACCGGUAUCAUCACACAUACUGGUGAAACUGGCUAGAGUAUAAACACCGGUAUCAUCACACAUACUGGUGAAACUGGCUAGAGUAUUAACACCGGCAUCAUCACACAUACUGGUGAAACUGGCUAGAGUAUAAACACCGGUAUCAUCACACAUACUGGUGAAACUGGCUAGGGUAUAAACACCGGUAUCAUCACACAUACUGGUGAAACUGGCUAGGGUAUAAACACCGGCAUCAUCACACAUACUGGUGAAACUGGCUAGGGUAUAAACACCGGUAUCAUCACACAUACUGGUGAAACUGGCUAGGGUAUAAACACCGGCAUCAUCGUAUACCUUAUCAAUCCAUCUUAUGAUUGUCACAAAUUGAUGAAAUGUUGCUAUCUUUUGUCAUGAGAAGCGAUGACAACCAAACAUGUUAUUGCAGUUGCAUCAAACACUAUUGCAAAACAAACCAUGCAGUUUGUCUCCGGUGCUGUGCUCUGAUCUGGGUUAUCUAGACAUCCAGUGACCUUUUUGGAUUGAGACAGAUAGGUAGUUACUGUAGAUAGGCCAAUGGAUUACAUAGGUAGGUAUAGGUAGAUAGAUACAGUAGGUAGAUAGUUUCUUUAAGUCUUUAACAUAUUGCUUCUUAUAAAGUACAGGCAGUUGAAUCUAUGUCAUUUAUAUCAGUCUGAAUAGGAGCAAAAUCCUCCAUUAUUUAUUGCCGCUGGUUGUUUUUUGUAUUGUUUCCAGUCUGUUCAGACAUAUCAUUGGUAGAUGACAUACUGGUAUGGUAUCACUGGCACUGAUGGAAAGGAAGACAGGGCCUCACACAUACUGUAACCAUGGCAAUAGAGAGAGGUUAAGAACAGAAUCACAAUUACUAGGUAGAUUGUGGUUAACAACAUCUGCCUGUCUAUGUAUCGUGUUGUUGAAUAAUUCCUGGAUGGGGUAUUGGUUGUUCUAUUUGACAGUGUAUCAGGAUGUUAGGGAAGUUUGUAGGUCUUGGUUAGUAGGGAAUGCACUGGAAAUAUAUUGGACAGAGAGAUGACAGACAUUUAAGACAGUAACCAACACUACAUCAGAACUCACCUGUGGAGCAGGACACUAGAAUCUCUUACACAGAACAGGAAAAUGUGAAAAUUGAGGACGUAAUGUUGGUGUUUCGAGACUGCUAGUCAUUCUCAACAUAUCAUAAGCAUCCAUAUCUUGUUUUUAUCAAACAGACAUAUUGUACAUUGUAAUAUUGAUUUUUUUAAAUUCAUUCAUUGUGUAAUAUAUUUAUGGAACAAAGCUUUUGUGUUUAACCAAAUGUUGGGUGUAUGGAUGAGAAAAGGGACUUAUUGUAUACAUAGUAGAAUAGAAUAGAUUCAAGUAGAGUAGUAUGGCGGAGACUGAUGUUGGAGGAAUUUCCACUGUAAUCCAUGGAACUACCCUCUGGAAUAGCAGACGAAAGUGGAGGACUUUUCCCAGCAACUUCCGUUGGGUUCAUUGUCUUCAGAUCUGUCCUAUGAAGCACCAAGAAAACCCUGUUUCUACCCAGAAUUUCUGUAUAGAUCAUUCUAGAACAGCAACUCUCUAGGCUUCCCUCCCCUGAUAUCAUAAUAGUGUUUUUGCGGAAGUCAUAAGGGGUUGAAUCUUCCAAAAUGUUGUAUUUUCAUUAAGUGACAGACAGGGAGAUUUCUAGCCAGUUAGAACAUAUGGUUUUAGAGUAUACAUGCCCCGCCCCCUUUAAUCUCCAACAACAUUCACGAUUCAUUCAAGUUUAACAAGUGCAAAGCCUUUUUGUUAAUGUAUAUUGUUUAUAUUUGAACUCCUCUCAGCCCCAGAACCUCUCUGCCUGACACAGCAGAAGUCUGUACAGGGAAUACAUGUCCUGUCCACAUACUGUUCUUACAGACACAGGACACCUUGACAUAGGGACGUUUUGCUGCUCAGUCUAGUUAAACACUACGUAUUUGCAUGGUGGUGCAUUCCAUUGAUAAUAGCAUUGGCUGUAUAGUCUCACGGUUGUCUGCUCUUGCACAAGGAAGAGUAUUUAUCUCCCUCCACAUAAGACUAGGACAUUCCCGUUGAAAAGCAUGCAGGGUUGAACAACUAAAAGGUUGUUUAAAGAGCAUUUAUCAGAGCAAAGUUACAGUUCCCCAUCAUUAUCUCAUGUCAAGCUUGACACAGUGGAGAGCAAAGCCAAGAUCCAUUUUGAUCAUUUUCGUGACAGUCCUAUAGAAACAGUCAGAUCUUUAGAACUAGCAACCUAAUGAGGACAUGGGAUAUUUUAAUUAAGAAUGAGUUCUAUUAGUAUUUGAUUACAAAAAAAUGACGACAUGUAUUUGGUCUAUUUUUUCUUCCUCUUCAUGUGAUUUAUUUGGCAAAAUUUACUUUUUUUGUAAGUUACUGUAAAUUCUGCACUUUACAUAUGCACCAAUAGAGGGCAGACUCCGACAGUAUCAGUGGCUGGCAUUGGUUCACAGUCAGUCCCAUCUCUCUGAAGAUGAUGCAGAUUUUAUAUGUAAAUCUAACUGAUUUGUCAAAGAUCUGAGCAGAUGUUUUAAAUGUUAUUUGGAUGCAAACUGUCACUUUAAAGUUGUGAAAAUUAAGAUCACUACAUUUUAAACUAUCUAGGUUUGGUCUUCAGGGGAAGUAGUAGGAAGGUUGGUUGGAGGUUAAAGGUUAAAGGCUGACCCCUGGAAUGUGAUCAGAGAACUGAAGUGUGUGCCUCUGUAGAGAGACCGGUGCUUUUUCAAAGGUGUUAUAAUUUUGUUGAUUUUCUGUCUUUUAUGGCUUCUGUGGAAAUUGAACAUUUUGGAAAUGUGUUGUUUAUUAGCCAUUUUUUGUUUAUGAUGCUGUAAUUAUAAAACAUAUCUGACUGGGGUGAACUUUAAUAUAUGUUGUUGGUUUUGA